AUGCCACGGAGACCUAAGCGUCAAGAAAAGAUGGCUUCAUCUACCGCCAGCGCUGCAGUUGCUAGAUCCCCCCUGACGCGUGUACCAGAAAGGACAAGUGACCGCCAAGAGGGCUCGAUGGCUCGAGGUUCCUUCACCGCGAUAGAUGCAACCAGCCACGAGGGUUCGAUGGCUCGACCCUUCACCGCGACAGAUGAAACCAGUCACGAGGGCUCGAUUGUUCCGAUUUCUUAUCCUUUUUCCGAUGAGUCGGAUAUAGCUGAAGACCAAGAGUCUCAGCUGGAAGUUUCGCAACUCCCCGCUGUUGACAAUGCUCAUGGGAAGGACGACAAGACUUCACGCGGAAAGAAACGCCGCAAGAAUUUUAUUGCUCCCUCUGACGCCGAGGACUAUGAAGCCGUGGAUAAUAUCAUCCGCCAACGUCUCCUUGACAAAUUGAGAUGGAAGUUUCUCUGUUCGUUAACGAAAGAAGGAUACGAGGAGCUUAUCUACGACGUUCUUGAAGAACGAAACGAACAUACCUACGAGUUUAUGGAAGUCAAUGGCCCUCGCAAAAAUGCUGCUUAG